GUCGCGCAUUUUCCAACCAAGCAGCCGCGCCAUUCCCGUUGGUCCCCUCCAUCCAUGCCACCUCCAACUUCCCCUUCUUCACCUCCCGCCUCCCAGCAUGCCUUCCUCAUCGCAGCAUCCACUUCCUGCUUUCGCUGAAUCCUCCAUAGGUUGACACUAGAAGCCUUCUCCUUCUGGUUAGUUCCUCCACCUGCCAAAUGGUUGCUACACCUGCCAAUAACUUUCUCACUGAUAGAACAAGGUAGCAUUAGAUGACGUAUUUAUUGCAGGCGGGAAUUCGUCCAGCCGCACAAGCUCUUUCGAGGACAACCACUACUGCCUACUUUCUUAGGUCGACAAUUCCCUUAGGGAAUCCAGUCCAGCAACUUCUAAAAGCCAAUCCUAAGUCAUCCAUCGCAAAUCUCGUUCUGCAAACUUGUUCGGAGUUUAAUCCCUCGUCUCGUCGCACGACAGCUUAUAGGAAAGAACCUAUUCGAUCAAGCUCCUCAACCGCUAUGGAGAAGGCGUUCGUGAGGAAGAUUCCCAGCAGCUCGCUGUACGUGUCCCGGCCCACGUGGUGGCUGGAGUCGCGGUUCCACUUCAGCUUCGCGGAGUACUUCAACCCGGCCAACCAGGAGUUCGGCGUGCUGCGCGUGCUAAACGACGACCUCGUCCAGCCGAAUGCGGGGUUCGGGACGCACCCGCACCGCGACAUGGAGAUCAUCACGUACGUCGUGGACGGCCAGCUCUCGCACAAGGACAGCAUGGGGACAGAGGAGACGUUGGGCCGUGGGUGCGUGCAGUACAUGAGUGCUGGCACGGGCGUCACCCACUCGGAGAUGAACCACUCCAACCACCUUCAACGGUUCCUUCAGAUCUGGGUGAAACCCAAUGCGAGGGGUCUCAAGCCUAACUACGGCUCACGCACUUUCAGCAAGAGUGACCGUCACAACAAGCUACAGCAAGUGGUAACCAGCUAUGCCCAUUACGGUUCUGACAAAGACGCUGGAUCAGGUCUCAUUCCCGUCAACCAAGAUGUCAACAUCUUUGUAUCGGAGAUGAAUGGCGUGACAGACGGCUCGGUUGCACCUUCAGCUGCUGCCAAAAGUUUGGACUACACACUGCAGAAGAAGCGCCAGAUGUACCUUGUGUGCAUAGAGGGUGGGCUCACAGUGAGCUCUGUGGAGAGUGGUCUUUCAGAGACGCUUAGCGCUCGAGAUGCCUUGGAGGUUGCAGCUCCCAGAAGUGGUAAUCUUCCGCUUAAGAUUCAGCCUGAUGUAGCUUCUGGAGCUCAUUUCCUGUUCCUGGAGAUGGAAAGAACAGUUUGAAGUGAGAAUAUGGCUUGUUGUAUUGUGAGCAUUACAUGUGUGCGAAGUAGAUUUGACUUCAUGUGUGUGCGAAGAGUACUGAAGAAGCAAUUCGCCUUUUAUAGCUGGAAACUCGUGUGAAAUUAUAUAUUUUAUUAUAUAAUUGGUAGGCUUG